UAAUUAUUACAAUUUGAAGAUUUCUUUCUGGAGUCUAGUUAUAUUAAAAGUGUACAGACACUUUGUGCUAAGGUAAUUUCUUGUCCCUUUGUCCUGCAGAAGCAGGCUUUAGGGACAAAUAUUUGCAGAACAAGAUGAAUCUUUAGAAGGUCAAAAGUCUGCUUAGAAAGUGCCAUUGUUGAGGCCAGUUUAAAAACUUUUCAUAACACUCGAUGAAUGAGGUUGAAUUUUUUUCAGUUAGUUACAUUUUGUCAUUUACAUUUUCCUUACAAGACUGAAUUUUAAACCCACACAAUUGAUUUUAAUAGGUGGCAUUUUUUUCUGAUCAACUAUUUCAGGCAAGAGAUGUUGCUAAAAGGGCUUUCACAAUAUAUUGGAAAGUUAUAAUUCUUAUUUCAAUUGUCAAAUUGGGAAGAUUUCCUAUCCUUAGUCUGGGGCAUAAAAGGAAGAAUAAAUGUAUCAAAAUUGUCAAAAUCUUGAUAAACAAGAUAUAGCCUAACCUCUUUCCAUAAAAUAUAAAAUGCAGUAGAUGUUCAAUAUAUCAGGUUUAUGCCUUAGAUUAUCAAAUGUUACUGAAACCAACUUCUGGAAUUAUCUUUUUUUCCUUCCCUGACAGAGAUUUGGGUUCCUUGCUUCCUUUUAAAAAAGUCAGUGUAUUUACUGUUCCUGGCAUAGUGAUUUAAUAAAUAACAGCAAUAUUACCAAAAUUAACUUGGAAAAUCCUAUUGCAUUAAUUACAGUGAGGCGGUGCGGUAUUCUAUCUGCUCUGAGAUAGAAAAUUCAGUAGUUUUUUGGUAUUGUUUUAUGUGGAUUUUAAAAAGUGAUUGGGUAUGAAUAGUUUAUAUUGAAAUGUCUUUGUUUUAUUCAUCAAAUGGUUGAAGGAUAAUGCUAUGUCAUCCCAUUGCAGUACAAUGUAUUGGUUAUAUUUUUGACUUGGUCUUCAAGUCCCCUUUGACUCUACAAUUCAUAGAUUCAUUUUAAAUUAUACUUCUCGGUCUACCCCAGAUUAGAUGUUGUGGGGAUAAAAUUAGGGAUACCCAUGUAUAAAGCUUCUGAAGUUAGAAUAAAAGGGGGUAGGGCUUCAGUCAUAUGACUGUAACUGCCACAUUAAGUUUUUUGACACUCCCCUUCCUGUGGCUCCCCUGACUUAUAGGAAUAAAAUAAUGUCAGGCCCCAAGAUCCAAGAAUAAGAGGUAGAGUUACUUCUGAGCAAUUUCCUUUAUUGCUCUUCUCCUAUAGACGUAAGAGACGUGAUGACUCAAUGGCUUAAUGACCCUAGAGAUGGUCUUUGCUGCAACAGUUUGAGUCCCAGCACAGAGUUGCAGGAUGAGUUCUGCCACCUACCUAGCAGUUUGAAAGCAUGUUCUAUGCAAGUACAUAAACAGGUACCACUUUGGUGGGGAGAUGAGCUGGUGCUUCAUGUAGGAAUCAGAUUUCUGUUGGUUCUGAAACUUCCCGGGUGCAAAUCACAUUUUCAAGGCAGCCUUGGUAGAAGGAGGGGGCCUGGAUGCUGCUGCAAGAAGAGCCAUUUGUCUUCCUUCCUAGUGCAAAGCUAGCUCUCCCUCCUGUGACACACCUUGGGAAGUACGUGACCAUGUACAUGCUAGUAAGAGCUAGUAAAUUGGCAGCCAAGCUACUACUUUUAUUAACAUUGUACUCUACUGGCUAAUAUAAAAAAUGUCAUACAAUAAUAAUAACAACAAUAUCAACAUAUAGAUAGAAUCUUGCUAGGUUGCAUAAACUGCUUCUUUGUCCUCUGAAAAUCAGUCCUUCCUCCUGGGAAUCCAGACUACAUUCCACCACAAUAACAGAUCAUUACGGUUAUACAAAUUAUUCAGGCAUAAUUGCCAUUUCAGGUGUUCUAAACUUGCACCAAAGUCUGUGUUCCAAAAGUUUUAUUCUGAGGUCAGAAUAGAGCCUUCUUAAGCUAUCCUGAGUGUUGUUUUGGUGGAAUAGACAGUGAUGAUUUCAACCGGUUUGCAUAAUUUCAGCCAAACCGGUUGUUAAAUUGCUGGCUGGCCCUGCCUCACCCAGCCACUAUUUAUUGCCUCGCACACCUUGGCUGGUGCCUUAAAGUCACACCGCAGCAUAGCUGCAGCUGCUCUUCAGUUCCCUUGCCUCGACCUAAUGGCCACAUGGCCCAGCCUGCUUGCCUGCUUUUGACGCGGCCUACAACGUGGUGGCCUUCUGCUCAUCUUGGCCUGCUCCCGAACGCCCACCUCCAGCUGCUCCCAACCACUUCAGCAGCAGAACAGGUACUAGGUUUGCUAGUGUGGAUGUUGAUUGCUGGAACCAACUAUUUCCUGUACCCUGUCUUUGGAUGGAUAAUGUUUGUGGCUGUGUUUUACUGGAUUCUUACACUCUUUUUUUUGAUCAUCUAUAUGACAAUGACCUAUACGAAGAUACCUCAAGUGCCAUGGACCACAGUUGGUCUGUAUUUUAAUGGCAGUGCCCUUCUCUUGUACUUAAUUGCUGCUAUUUCAGAAGCAUGUGCAGUCACCAAAGAACUUGACUACUACAAUUACAAUAGCUGGGCAGCAUCUUCGUUCUUUGCCUUCGUUGUUGCUUCCUGCUAUGGUGGAAAUACCUACUUUAGUUUUGUAUCUUGGAGAUCACGGACCUUGCAAUAAGUAUUAUCUUCUAAUAAAAGAGCUCUGUAUGUAAAUGUUAUAUAAUUUUGUUGAAAAUACUUAGGUAAUAUGGUUUUCACUCAAAAACAAAUAGUUAUUUUUACAAAUUAUGGAAAGGAUAGUUCUCCUGACAGAAAUGGUUCUACACACUGUUAUCCUAUCAGCUUCAUUUGAAUUAAUCGUUGUGACAUAGUUCAGUUACUAGAAACAAGCAGAAGGAAGAAUUGAUGAUCUAGGAGGGAAGAGAAGAAAGCAUGGAAGCGGUUCAAUGUUGUUUGCACUGGGGGCAGUUCCAUACAGUAUUGUACCCCUUUGAAAGCUGCUCCAGAUCUCAGGAUUCUUGUCAAUAGUGUUGAAGAGCAUUGUACAACCAGGGCCACUAUCUGAUGGGACUGAUUUAAAAUCUGAAAACUUUUGUAACAUGAAACACAUGUAUCCUCAGAUCAAAUACUGUAACUGUUACUCUUUGUAUCAAUUCAUAUUAUUUCCUUAGGUAGUGUAUAGUGUUGUAACAAAAUCAGUGGACUUCACAGUUGUGAUCUUCAUAAAUGUUUUUGUUUAUUUAUUAGAAAAA